AUGCUCGCAGCUAGCCUGCCGGCUGGGCACACGGUCGCGCGCGCGUCGCCCGUGUGCCUCGCGACCGGCCGCCUCCCCCACCUCGUCACCUCCGGCCUCCCUCGUGUCGAGCGCUCGCCGCGGGUCCAACGGUGGAUCAGCAGGCCCACACCGACCGCCUGCGAGCUCUACUCGGCUACGCACCUCGCCCCGCUGGAGCCAUGGUGCUCGUCCAAACGGCCCGUAACCACCCCGCAAGACUGGGCAAAACGCCUCGAAGACGUCCCCGUCUCGAAAGAUGACCUGAACCUCCUCGUCGCCAACUACCUCUUCACCGAGGGCUACCUCUCGGCCGCCGAGAACUUUGCCCGCGAGGCCGGCCUGUCGUCAGCAGCAGCAGAUGGCGCCACCACCUCGGGCGCAGGCGCCGCGCUCGGCGACGUAGACAGCAUCCGCACCCGCAUGGAGAUCCGCCGAGCCGUCCUGCGAGGCGAGGUCGAGAGCGCGUUGGACCAGGUCGUCGACCUAGACCUCGAGAUCCUCGAUCUCGACCCGUCGCUUCACUUCCACCUCCUCCAGCAGCACCUCAUCGAGCUCAUCCGCGCCGGCGAGGUCGGCCACGCACUGUCGUUCGCCCAGAACGAGCUCGCGCCGCUCGCCGAGGAGCACCCGCGCUUCCUCAAGGAGCUCGAGCGCACUAUGGCGCUCCUCGCGUUCGAGUUGCCCGUGCUCGGCGACGGCGAGGUGGCGGCGACGGGCGCGGCGGGCGGUUCGGCGACGGGCGAGGGCUCAGCCGGCGCGGCGGCGGCAAGUACGGCAUCGAGCUCUACCGCCGGCGCCAAGAAGAGCAAGAAGGGCACGUCGAAGGCGGCCGCAGCCGACGCGCUGCCGCCCAUGCCGCCGCACAUCUCGUCGCUCCUCGACCCGUCGCAGCGGCUGCGCACGGCGCGCGAGCUCAACGCGGCCAUCCUCAACGCGCAGGGGCACCCGGCCGAGCCCAAGCUGCCUGGGCUCAUGAGCGUCAUGACGUGGGGCGAGGGCUUGCUGGCCGAGAAGGGCGUCGAGUGGCCCAAGUGGGACCUGCAUGCGCUCCUCGCCGACAAGCCGGCCGCGGCGUCGAACGGCGACGGCGACGCCAUGGUCCUUUGACGCCUUCGUCCUCCCGCCUCUCCCUCCCCUGUCGUCUCGCCCGCUCUCUCGUCGUCGUCCGCAUCCUCUCCUUGUUGUCGCUCUCUGUGCAAAGCACGUUGUCCUCCUCGUCGUCGUC